UGAAAAAUAAACGUGAAACUUUUUUUCCGCUUAAACGUUUAAUGUCAGCAUUGUUUAAUUUGCUCCUUUCCGGUAAUUUUGGCGGAAUCUCUACAAACGGCGAGCUGAAGUGAGAGAGUCCGCGCGGAGGAGCUCAUGUUCAGGCAGCCAUGUCGUCCCCACAAGACGAACCGCCGUCUGCCGUGUCGACCGUCCUGUCGUCCGCCUUGUCGGCUGCCGUGUCGGCUGCCGUGGCAGUAGCCACGGCCGUGGAUGCCAAGGCGGAUCUCGCCACGCUGCUGGACGAAUGGGAAGAAGCGCAGCAGGGCACUACAGAGCUGCUGGUGUUCAUCCUCACAAAAAUAUCUGAGCUGAUUGAACGGGAGACAGGAGAGUAUCACAAAGCAGACCCCGACCCGUUUGAUGACCGUCAUCCAGGCCGGGCGGACCCAGACUGCAUGCUGGGCCAACUCCUGAAGAUGCUCUUUAUGAACGAUGACUUUACCAAUGCGCUGUUGGACACAUACAUAAUGACCAGCAGAGAGCUGGACCUCAACACAGCAGCCUGUCGUCUGCUUCAGAACAUCAUGCCGGGCCUGGAGACCGCCGUCGUCUUCCAAGAGAAGGAAGGUCUGGUUGAGAAGCUGUUCACCUGGGCUCGUGAAGCAGAGCGACCGCUGUGCGUCUACGCCACGGGCCUGCUGGCCAGAGCCAUGAGCAACCAGGAAGUGGCGGCGAGCUACCGAGAGGAGAACGCCCGGCUGGUGCCGAUCAUGAUUCAGCGCCUGCACGAGCUGCAAACUGAAGAGGCCGAGAGUCACGUCAGUCCUGUGAAGACGCCCCAGAAUCUACCUCAAGACUCUCAGGUUGAAACAAGCCAAACCUCAAGCAUCUCGACAGCCCAGCAAGACAAGACGGAGGGGGAGGAGGAGGAGGGAGAGCGGAGCAGGCCAGCGUCCAAGCCCAGUUCCAAACCUUUGUCACAGCUCGGUUCGGCCCUGAAAGCUGGUGGCUGCAGCAGCAGCAGCAGCGGAUCCGGCUCCACCCGGCUGCUUCCAGACUUCAUUUACCAAGCGAGCCCAGACCCUGCCUCCAGGGAGACGGAGGACAGGCAGGGGGGAAGAGGAGGAGGGAGGAGACGGGCAGUGAAGGAGAACGGGAGGAAGGCCAAGCAGAAACUCAACUUCACCUCCUCGUCCCGCAGGACCGAGGAAGAGGUGGAGAGAAGCGACUCCGGCGACCAGCCGGCCAACAGCACCUCCUGGUCCGAGAUGAGCUUGAUGGUGAUUGGCUCUGACUACCGCCUUUCCCCGCUGAGCCCGGCCAUGGAGCAGAGGCUCAUCCUGCAGUAUCUGACUCCACUCGGAGAUUACCAGGAGUUGCUUGCCGUCUUCAUGCAGCUGGACACCCGCUCGUUGCUGAUGAACUACAUCGACCUCAGGCAGACCAAAAAUGUCCAGCUCACCUUUGACGCCCUCCUGUAUCUCGCCUCGCUGCUCCUCCACAAGAAGUUUGCAGCAGAGUUCAUCGCUCACGGAGGAGUCCAAAAACUCCUGCAGAUCCCGAGGCCGUCCAUGGCAGCGACUGGAGUUUCACUCUGCUUGUACUACCUGGCAUACAACCAAGAUGCUAUGGAGAGGGUUUGCACGCUCGCGGACGGCGUGCUGGCAGACAUGGUGUCCUACGCUCUGUGGCUGCUGGAGUCCUCCCACGCUUCAGGCGUCUGCCACGCCACCAUGUUCUUCUCCAUCUCUUUCUCCUUCAGAGCGGUGCUGCAGCUCUUCGACCACCAGGACGGCCUGCGCAGGCUGGUCAACCUGAUCAGUACUUUGGAGAUCCUUAACACAGAGAACGAGGUGUCAAUAAUGAGUGAUGACCAGGUCUUCUCCAGCCGACAGACAGCCAAACACACCUGCAUGGCCCUGCGCAGGUACUUUGAGGCUCACCUGGCGAUAAAGGCUGAACAGGUCAAACAGUCCCUGCACUCAUCAGACGGAGGCGUCGUCGUUCCCCAGCAGCCGUUUUACAAGGCAUAUAGAUACACCAGAGAGCAGGUUAUCGAGAUGAUGGAGUUUCUCAUCAAGUGUGGACCUCCUCAGCUCCACUGGGAACCAGUCGAGGUUUUCUACAAACUGUCCUGUGUCCCCUUAAUGCUGCAGCUCAUUUCUGCAGCCUGCGACUGGAGGACCUACUACGGCAGGAGUGACACAGUGCGUUAUGCAUUGGACAUCCUGGCAAUGCUCAUGGUGGUUCCUAAAGUCCAGCUGGUGCUUGCGGACACCGUAGACGUUCUGGAUGAAACCAGGUCGACUGUUUCCACUGUGGGUAUGAGCAUCAUUCUGGGCGUCGCAGAGGGAGAGGUGUUUGCCAAUGAUGCUGAGAUCCAGAAGUCUGCACUGCAGGUGAUAAUAAACUGUGUGUGCGCUCCAGACCAGAGCCUGAACACGACAGGUGCUUUUGCCGCCACCCCCCUUAGGCUGUCCCUCCACCCCCAGCACCCCCUCACUCCCCACAACAGAGUGCUGGCCCACAUGUGGCAAGUAGUGCAGAACAACAACGGUAUAAAGGUGCUGCUGUCUCUGCUGUCGGUGAAGAUGCCCAUCACCGACGCAGACCUGAUCCGUGGUCUGUCCUGCAAAGCUCUGGUUGGACUCUCUCGCAGCUCGGCGAUCAGACAAAUCAUCAGCAAACUGCCGCUCUUCACCAACAGCCACAUUCAGCAGCUGAUGAAAGAGCCGGUGCUGCAGGACAAACGAAGCGAGCACGUCCGUUUCUGCCGGUAUGCCGCCGAGCUGACCGAGCGAGUGUCGGGGAAGCCUCUCCUCAUGGGCACCGACGUUUCACUGGCUCGCCUGCAGAGGGCGAACGUGGUCGCCCAGUCACGGAUCACCUUUUCUGAGAAGGAACUCCUCAUGCUGAUCAGAAACCACCUGGUGGCGAAAGGCCUCCACGACACGGCGAACACACUGGUUAAAGAGGCGAACUUACCCGUAGCAUCGCUCUGCCCGAACUCUUCCUCCUGCACCACCCCUACCCCCUCCUCUUCCUCAGUGAUUCCCAGGUCUUGCCGGUUAGCCGGCGGGAUCGCAGCUCGCAUUGCCGGCCAUGUUGGAUCCUCUCCUGUCUCCUCAGUCACUGCGGCCUCCUCUUCCACUCCCUCUUCCUCACGUUCCCUCGCCGUUCCUCACUCUUCAUGCUCCUCUUCAUCCUCUGCCCUUCCUCCUCAUCCCGGUUCCCAUGGGCAGGGCUCACAUCCGGUCGGGCGGAUUUUGUUCAGCCGGGAACGUCCGGCGGCUCAUUGCAGCUCAGGGAAAAAACUUCGCGCGCUGAAGCAGAAGUCUGACCACGGCGCUUUCAUACAGACUCCAGCCAUGAAGAAGCAGCUGGAGCGCCACCUUCCUUCCCCCCCGACCCUUGACAGCAUCAUCACUGAGUACCUGAGGGAACAACACGCCCACUGCCCCAAUCCCGUCACCACCUGCCCCCCCUUUUCUCUCUUCACCCCCCACCGCUGCCCUGAGCCAAAGCAGAGGCGACAGGCAUCGCCCAACUUCACCGCCCGCCUGGGGAGCAGGGUGCUGUACCCGAAAUAUGGAGGCGUGGACAGAGGGUGUCUGGACAGACAUCUCAUAUUCAGCAGGUUUCGUCCGAUGUCGGUCUUCCACGAGGGCGACGGAGACGAGAGCGGUUUCACCUGUUGUGCCUUCUCAGCCCGCGAGCGUUUCCUGAUGCUGGGAACCAUCUCCGGUCGCCUCAAAUUCUAUAAUGUGUUCUCUGGAGAGGAGGUGGCCAACUACACCUGCCACACGUCAGCCAUCACACACCUGGAGCCCUCCAGAGAUGGGAAAUUGCUGCUCACCUGUGGUUCUUGGAGUUUCCCCCUGUCUGCUCUCUGGAGUAUGGAUGGUGUCUUCAGCAAGAAGAACUCAUUUGCAGACGACCACUACGUGGAGUUCAGUAAACUCUCUCAGGACAGAGUCAUCGGCACAGAGGACCAAGUCGCACACAUCUACGACAUCCAGACGGGUCAGAAGACCCUGACCCUGAACGACCCCGCCCUGGCCAAUAACUACAAGAGGAACUGUGCCACCUUCAACCCCACCGACGACCUGGUGCUAAACGACGGCGUGCUGUGGGACGUGCGGGCGUCACGAGCCAUCCACAAGUUUGACAAGUUCAACAUGAACAUCAGCGGCGUUUUCCACCCGAACAGCCUGGAGGUCAUCAUCAACACUGAGAUCUGGGACCUGAGGACCUUCCACCUCCUGCACACUGUCCCUGCCCUGGACCAGUGCAGGCUGGUCUUCAACAGCAACGCCACCAUCAUGUAUGGAGCGAUGCUGCAAGCCGAUGAUGAGCAUGACGCCAUGGACCAACAGAUGAAGAGUCCCUUCGGCUCGUCCUUCAGAACCUUCGAUGCUACGGACUACAAGCCCAUUGCCACAGUGGAUGUGAAGAGGAACAUCUUUGAUCUGUGCACCGACACCAAAGACUGCUACCUGGCUGUCAUUGAGAACCAGGACACGGUGAGCCUGGACACAGUGUGUCGUCUUUACGAGGUGGGACGGCAGAAACUGGCAGAAGAAGGAGACGAUGAUGAUCAGGAUGAUGAAGACCAGGACGAUGAUGAUUCUUCAGACACAGACGACGACGAAGACGACGACGAUGACGAUAUGGACACAGACCCGCUCAUAGAGGAGCUGGCCAAUAACGAGGACCCGGAAAACGGGGACCAACCCAACUCUCCCACAGAUGAAGAGAUUGCAGAUCUUCUUGGCAGCAACAGCGACCAUGACAGCAGUGAUGAUGAUGAUGAUGACGAUGAUGAUGAUGACUCGGAUGACUCAGACCAUACAGACAGAAGCGAUGAUGAUGGAUCUGACUCAUUUGACCCCAACAACCCCAACUCGUCCGGACUGUUCUGGAAUCAGUGAGUCUUGUUGUUGUGUGUCCUCGUGCUGCAGACCCAGAACAGUCAGACGAUGAGACUGAGAUCCUUCGAGCCCUCACUGAGAGGUGGUUCUCCUGACCUGAGAGAAGAUGCCCCUCUGCUGACACUGUGACCCUCAACAAGGACUUUUUUCCUUUGAAACCGUCAUUUCUCAUUUAAGCAGGCAAGUUGACAGUGAACACGCUGAUAUGCUCACCAACAUCCUGGAGUGAUGAUGAAUAAAUAUUUCCCAAAGAUCACAAGGCUCAGAUGAAUACACCGGCCUGUCAUGUGACUGACACAUGACCCGGCUCUCUGAGAGAGUUUCUGUCAAUGAAAUACGUUCAUGAUGUUUACGUGGCUCUCUGCCUCCGCUGGAGGAAAGAUGUAACGUUGCUCUGCUGCAAAUGAGACGUUAUCAAACGUUUUUGAGCUCACGGUUGAAUUCGCUGAUCGUGAACUAACCGAACCACCAGAGGAGGCUGAACUUCACGGAGUCAAGCAGAGUUUUUCCACACAUGAGUCGUUCAGGUUAAAUCUAAAAUUCACAAUACUUAGAGCCAUGAGUUGAGAUUAAAUUGUGUUUCUGCUGAAGAACUCGGCUUAUUUCCACAGCGCAGCAGCCUUUCAUACAUAUUGAUAUUUCUCUCAAAUGACCACAGCUAAAAGCCAAAUAUUCACACGCAGGCAGUGAACGGUGAGGAGCCUCAGGACCUGCCAGCCUCACUGAGUUUUCCUCGUUUUACAGCAAUAAAAACAUUUCUGGUCCUCAAAAAGCGAGUGAAGACGCGAUCCCAAAUGAGAUGAACAAAAACGAAAUCUGUGUCUGAGCGUGGAUCUGGUGGAUUCCUUCUCUUCUGCUUGCAGAGAUUAGACAUACCUUCAUGUUUCUAUGCACAUAAUAAAAACAACAGCCCACCUCUUCAUGAAGGAAUAGACGUGAAACUGAGUCUGUUUCCGUAUCUGAAGCAGAUUUCUGCCCAAAGGCUUCAUCUAUUACACACAGCACGAGUCACUAUGAGCCUCUUUCUCUGCUCACACUGUGUAGAAUUUCCUCUCAAAAGUACUUUUUAAUGAGGAAAACGUGAAAUCAUUUUUCAGGCAGUCAGAUAAUUUAGUCAUAGUUAAGUUAUUUUGACUAUUUUGAUUUAAUUUAUUUUAGCGUGUCUUUGCAGCUGUACAGUUGACAGCUUUAAAGUUGUUUUUUCUUCUGUUAUUGAUUUAAUACUUGUAGGUCCUGCGUCCUUCAUGCAGGACCGAGCGGGUCGAGCUUUCACACGACUGGAAAUCCAUUCAAUUAUUCGGUGAAAAAACAAGUUCUUUUAAAAGUCUGAAUUUUUUGCAGAGCUUUCAGUCAGUUAAACACAUUUAUUUUUAUUAUUUAUUGGCAGAGUGAAAAAAAAGCAGCAAAAAAAGGUGUGAAUCUCACCUCAAUACACGUGGCAGCAGAUACAGAAGUCUCAUAAUCCAGAAACAGAAGCAACAUUAAGUUAUUUACUUCACAUUUUGCAGCGACUGUGAACAUUUCUCACUGAUGUCUUACAUGUUCAAAAACUUAAUUUGUUCUAUUAUUAUUUAACAUCAGUCGCUGCUGUCAAAUCAUUGAUUUUGAUUUCAGCUCAGGGGAUCAGGUGUUAAUGUGUCCGCUACAUUUUCAAACAUUCAGUUUUGACAUGUGACCCAGUGAUGUCAUUGUCAGCUGUUUCUACAAGGUACGAGGUUUCAACAGGAGGUGGGAACUUUUUUGUCCGAGUACAUUUUUCUGUCUCACAGCUUGUUUACCUCAUCACUGAACAGUCAGCCUUUGACCCCGGUGUCCCUCAUCAUCACGGGUCAACAACACAGCCAGUAUUAAACAGUUAUUGACUGCUCAAGUAGUUUGUUGUACCAAAACGAGACGUGUUGGAAAGUUUAAGACCGACGUUACGCUGUUUGAACUAUUUUGAAACUGCGUCAAACAAUCAGCAACAGAUUUCACGAAGCUGUGAAGAACCUGCAUCGAGUCCAUUGAGCCGUUUGAGUGUUUUUGAUUUGAUCUGUUUCUUUGUUAAUGAUCGUUCAACACACUGCUGUGGGAUAAAAACUCAGUCAGUCAGUGUUCUUUGGGUUGUGAAUGGAGGUUCUGCAGCCUGAAAGGAGAUGUAUGCACAUAAUGUUUGUGUCGGCCGUUUACAACCUGAAGUCAAGCUUAAUAAAAAGUGAAAGAAAAAUCUGUGUUUCCUACCACAGCAGCUUCUCAGAGCCAUAAUCUACAGUUUUACAAUAGAUUGUAUUGCCUAAAAAACUGUUUCAACUGUUGUAAAUGAUUAAUGAGUCUGUCUAUAGUCAUACUUCAAUUAAUAAGCUCUACUUUAAUAAUAAAAGACCCUUCUACCUUCUUGUAACUCUUGCCUUUUCUCAUCAUAGUGAUACUUGAGUAUACUACUUCAGUUGAAGAUAAAGCCUCUGCAUGUUGAAUAUUCUACUUUGCUGUCAGUAUGUUGCAAUCACAGGGAUUUUAUCUUCAUUGACUUCAUCACUUUAACAGCGUGUUGUUGUUUGACAGAGCACAUUUGUUUGACUUCUGUCAGUCACAAUAGCAGGAAAUAAAUUACAUAUAAGAAACUUCCACAAAGUCACAAUUAUCAGUGAAGGAAAGUAAAUUAAAACUACACUGUUUAUGUUCUGCUUGAAUAUAAGAUUUGGGAAACUUUCUAAGUAUCUCAGGGAUCCGUUUGCUGUGUUGUUACCUGAAUCAGUCACAAGGGGGCAGUACUGCAUUGGGUACACUGACAUGAAGCAACCACAGAAGUAUUUAACACUAAUACCAUCUUAUUUCAUGUGUUUCUUUCUACACGUCGCAUUUAUUUGAUAGACCUCAUCGAGGUCUGUCCUUUCAUUCAAACUGCAGUGACUAACACCAGAUGC